AUGCAGCCGCCGCCUCGCUUCGCGCCCGCUCCACCACCUCCCCUCUCUGCGCCCCUCGCAGCCACCUCCAACCCGCUCGCGUCGGCCCUGCACCCGCCCGCGUACCCGACCCGCCCGCGCCUCAAGCGCGCACACGCCUCGGCCGACACCCACACCCGCACCUCGACCCUCAACGACCAGCUCGCAGACGCCGCCGCCGCCGUCGUCCAGCCGGCCCCACCGCCCUCGGCGCCACAAGGACAAGGCGCAGCCUGGUCCGCCCACCUUCGACAGCGCUCGACCAGCUCCAACCUCGACCCGAUCAAGGAGUCGGCAGCCGAGGCCGACCCGCAGGCGCACGCCUUCAGCCCCGACCGCGCGAGCUGGUCCACCCGCGACGGCGGCGGCGGCGGCGGCGAGGGCCUCGGGCUCGACUUUGGCGGCGCGCAGCAACCUCCACGGCAAGAUGACGAUGGCGACGAGCCUCCAAGGCGCAAGCGCAUCCGUUUCGCGCCAGAUCACGAGGCGUUCGGCCGCCUGUCGCUCGCCGUCCCCUCUCCCUCCUCGUCCGCCGCCGAACCCGCACCCGCCUUCCUCCCGCACGCACCCACACCUUAUCCCGUCGCACCACCGCCCCUCCCGACGACCUCGCAGCCGCUCCCGAGCUCGGGCGCAGGCGCCUUCUCGGCCGCGGCCGUCCCGCCGCCGCACCACUUUGCCUCGCCGCCCCCGCGCCAGCGCACCCCGUCGUCGCCCCUCCCAGGAGGAGCCUCGUCGCUCCCUGCCGCACCGCCGACGAGCCCGGUCACCGCCGCCGCCGAGACCGCGCCACCGCAUGCCGCCUCCGGGACGGGCGGCCUCGCGACCGUGCCCUGGGGCCAGAGCGCCUUCUUCCCCUCGGCGGCGGCUGCGGCGGCGGUGAGCGGCGCGACGGGCGCAGGCGACGGCAUGGACGCCGACGAGCACGAGGUGACGAUGCUCCCUGCGUCGGGCAGCGUCGACCUGUCCCCGCACCGCAUCUACGUCGCGUCCCUCUCGCCCUCGCCGCCCUCGUCGCCCAAGGACGACGCCGCGCCCCUCCCCUUCGACUCGUCCUCCGCCUCCUCCUCGUCGUCGCCCCCUCAGCAGCCUAAGAUCAACCCGCUCGCCGUGCGCGCCGCCGCGCUCGAGGGCCUCCCCGCGUCGCUCGUCGCCAACCUGCGCCGCGAGGCCGACAAGGCCCAGCGCGGCGAGCUCGUCCUGUACCGCCCGCCGCCGUCGCUGCACGCGCUCGGGAGCGGCGGGACCAAGGAGCAGGAGGCGAGGGAGAGGAGGGCCGAGAGCUGGAGGGAGUUCGAGGUCAUGCGCGAGAGGGAGGAGGCGGUGCACGAUGCUGGCGACGACGAGGCCGAGAUGGAAACAGACGACGCGAUGCAGGGCAUGGAGGACGUCGAGAUGGAGCUGUGACGGCGGCGGCAAGGCUUUCUUUCGUGCUUCCUCUUCCUCCCUCUCUCUCUCGCUCUCUCGCACCCGCAGUCUUUUCUUUCUCCCCUCUCUUCUCUCCCUGUCGUU